CCCAAGCAGCCCACGUGACGGCGGGUCGGAGGGCAGCAGUAUGGCGGCGCCCAUGGGCGGCAGGUGCGGCCGUUUGGAGCCGUCUCCGCGCCGCGGGGAGCGCUCCGCCGUCGGCGUCCGCAUGGACCGGGCCGGGUUCUGGGUCUCCCUGACGGCUGGUGGGAUAGCUGGUAUGUGCGUUGAUUUGAUAUUAUUCCCUCUGGAUACCAUAAAAACCCGAUUGCAGAGUCCCCAAGGAUUUAAGAAGUCUGGUGGCUUUCGCGGCAUCUAUGCUGGUGUUCCUUCUGCUGCUGUAGGAUCCUUUCCGAAUGCUGCUGCCUUUUUUAUCACCUAUGAAUUUGUGAAGUCUGUGUUGGCUACUGCCACCCCUCUGUACCUGAGUCCAGUAACACACAUGGCGGCUGCCUCCUUUGGAGAAGUAGUCCCAAAUGAUUUCUCAAUUUGGAAUGAAUUAGUCCAAAGGAAGAAAAUAUUCUUUCUACACUGGCAGAAGAAGGUACUGCUGUUAAAAGUUGCCUGUCUAAUACGGGUUCCUUCUGAAGUUGUAAAGCAGAGGGCUCAAGUUUCUCCUUCAUCCAGUACCUUUCAAGUUCUUUCCAAUACCUUAUAUCAAGAGGGUAUUCAAGGACUUUAUCGAGGUUAUAAAAGCACAGUAUUAAGAGAGAUUCCUUUCUCUCUGGUGCAGUUUCCCCUUUGGGAGGCCUUAAAGGAUCUCUGGUCGUGGAAGCAGGGUCACGUGGUUGAUUCUUGGCAGUCGGCAACCUGUGGAGCUUUUGCAGGUGGAUUUGCAGCUGCAAUCACCACACCUCUAGACGUAGCAAAGACAAGAAUUAUGUUGGCAAAGGCUGGUUCCAGCAAUGCCAGUGGGAACGUAUUCUCUGCCCUGCACAGUGUUUGGAGGUCACAAGGGCUACCUGGAUUGUUUGCAGGUGUUGUCCCUCGAAUGACAGCGAUCAGUCUGGGAGGAUUCAUCUUUCUUGGGACAUAUGACAAAACUCGCAGCUUGCUGCUCUGACUUGGAAUAGAGGUUCCUGUGAAUCAGAGCAAAGAGCCAAACCUCUGCUGCUCUCCAGAAAGAAUAUACUCAUAAAAGUACGAAUGCUCCUUCUCAGGCUUCUUUAUAUGGCUGAGGAGCUGGUCAACAGCCUAAACUCGUAUUUUCACUAUAAAAAAAAAGGUCCUUAAAUAAUCCAAUUUCCCUAACUUAAAAUUUCCCAGCAUGGAAAGCAGUGAAGUCAUAGAGAGACUUGUGCCAAAAAAGUAACAUGUGGAGGUAAACAGCUAAUUACAGCAGCUGCAAACAGCAUCAUCAGAACUCAUGCAAGGAAAACAUUUUAUAAACCAAAAGAACAUGGUUUGAGCAGCAAAAAUGGAAUAAAAUGGAUUUUCAUUUAGAGACACCUGAUCCUCAGCAUCGGGGCUGUUUUUAGUUCGGUGGAAGAGUUUACAUAGCUGCAAUCAGCAGGCGUUUAAAGACUGUCGAAAGUAUUCUUAAUUAGGAGGCUUCUGGGAAAAAAUAAUGCCCAUUUGUUUCCAAUUUGAGCCAUAUUUUGGAAGUUUAUCCCACUGUUUAUACCUGCAGGUGCAUAGCAAGCACUGUUACUUGGUAACCAGUGUGGGUUGUGGUUUUUUUAAUUAGAUUCAGAUUUCUCCAGUAAAAGUACAAUGCUGUGUUAUUUUACAGGUAGCCAGUCCAACAAUGUUGCCUAUGAAAAGAAAUGCAGCUCUUGCCUUUUUUUUCUUUCUUUGCCUUCUAAAAGCUGAGGUAGAUCUGGAUUUGUAGUAGUGAAGCACAGACAGGAGAGGUCUGGCUGCAGAAUGCAAGUGACAAAUAGAAACAAACAGGUUCUUCUCCUUGAUGAAAUGGCAGAUUGAGCAUAUAGUUCUGAUGGGUGAUGGUAGCACGUUCUCAGACUCUACUUCCUUUAGCAUACAAAUGCUUUAGUUAAAAUCAGUUAGUGGAAUAUGUGCAGGGCCAAAAAGCCACUAUUUCCAUUGAUAAUUUUAAUUGAACUGAAAGUCCAAGAUUUUGAAAUUUAAAAAAAAAAACCCUGCCAAAUUUACAGCGGCUUCUUGGCUUAGUAUAGCUCUUUAGAGGUGUAACUAAGAACCUGAAACUACCUUUCAGUUGAAUGAAGACACUUCCACAAUAAGGUUUUGUAGAAGCACUGAGCAGUGAGGCCUGGCAUCCUAAUAAAAAUAUAUGCAAAUUUAAUUAAUAGAGCUAAUACAGAGCCAAAUUAAGCUAUGCAGUAACACCAGCAGCUCACUCUAUAUUACAGUGUAGUGUUUUUUCCCCCCGAAGAAAACCCUGUCACUGUUAAGCACAUACAUGGUGCUAGAUGUUUAGUGACUGCUAGUUAACCGUGCGGGUUCUGAGAAACUGGCUGAAGUUUAGCACUUGCUCAGAGAACAGUAGGAAAACUUGCAGAGCAAAAGGGAUGAAUUCUUAAAAACUGGAAUUUCAACCCAUCAUUGCCCACUCUCAUCCAAAGGGAGAUUUUAGUCCCAAAUUGGCUAGCUGAUUGCGCUAGCUGCCAUGAUGCUGUAACAAUACUCCAGGCCUCUUGUAGCCCAACCUGUCAGUGCAAUCUAGUUAAUGACAUUACACAAUGUACUUUUCUACGUUGUACUGUUGAUCCCUUUAUUUUUUGGAUGGGGGGUGGGGAGGAUUUAGAAUUCAUUCGGAAAAGCUAGCUACUGGCUCAAAGCUCUUUAUGGGCCUGUGUUUUGUUUGCUUUUCAACAAAUAGGCUGAUAUUGGAGGAUUUAUUAAUAUCGGCACAGGACUCAAAUUUCUCUUGGGUCCGUGUUUUGCGCUUUUGAAACAUCAGUUCUAGAAUCAGCCUUUUCUGUCUUCACUUUGUUUGCAGUAAAGUAUGUGUAAGAAGUCUAGACUUCUGUAAUUACAAUGGUCACACGUGCCUCUUUCAUAGUCCCAGCCCAAGAUGAUGAUAAAAUAUACAAAGUGAGUAUAACAAUAAUUUAGAGUGAAAUGCAUGACAAGGCUGUGGUGCCUAUCCCAAAACCAAGCAUUCAAAACCCAGGCAAUUCAGAGUUAAGAUUAACUAUACAAGAUAUCCAAACAGGUUAAGGUCUGGCUACACAAAGAUGCUUAACGCUGCUCUGUAGUGAUGCCCUGUAAUAACCGUAGUUACAAUCAGUGCACGAAGGAGUUUGAAAGUCUUUAAAAAUCUGGACCACAAUUUCUUCAUAUAUUGUCCCUCCUGCUAUGUGCCUGUCUCUCGCACUGCAUCCAAUGGAAACUUGAAGUGCUUUCAUAAUGGAGGAACCUCUCCAUUAUGGUCGGUCGGUCUCUCUUCCUUCUCCCCAUGGUUCUUGCUAUGGACCACAGUCUACGAUGAAGGCCCAUGAAAAUCCAUUGGUGCUGCUAUAUGCCCCAAGACAGGUACAGCUCUUGACAUACCACUGAUCAUGCUGCUGCGGCCCCUGGUUUCUGAGGGUCGAUCUCAGGAUUUCUGAUGCGACCCUGCGCUGAGUGCAAGAGUGGAGCGGGGCUGAUAUGGAGGCUACUUACUCUGCAGGUCAGACGCAAUGAAGGUGGAGUAUGUGGUAUAUGCCAUUUACCACGGAACAAACUUUCUAGGACAGCAUCCCAUCUAAUGGCCCAACGCUUCUUUCAGUGAAUGGCUGGCUCUGUACAGUGAGCCACUGGAAUCAAAGUAAGUCCCCAAGGUACCAAACGGAGACCAUCUGUGGCUUGGGCACAGCUGGAGAUGGCAGCUAUGAGGGAGGAGAGGAGUCCUUGGUAGAACUCUCUCUAGUAGAAUACUAUUCAUCACACCCUGCCGAAGGAGAAACUUUCAGUGCUGAAUAAUGGGGAAAAAGACCAUUAAUCCUUUAAAAAAAACAAAAAAGGUCUUCAAUGACAGCCUCUGCACAAGAUACAAUUGUGAUUUAACUAUAUGUAAAGUUUGAAAAGUUCGUGUCAUUCCAUAAUUGUGGGCCAAAAAAAAUUGUCUGACGCUAGACACUAAAUCCCUUAAAGACUACAUUUUUAAUUUAUAUUUUCAGAGAACACUCAUCUCAAAGAGCUGUAUUUUUAGAGAGGCUACACUUAAAAAACCAAAACAAAACAAAACAAAACCCCACACACCAAAGAUUGAAUACUUGCUUUAAAUGGAAAAUUAAGCUCAUCCUUAACUCUGAAACUGAAGCCUCCAUAAGGUAGUGAUGGUGUUACGAGUGGGACUAAGGAAGGUUGAAGGUGUUCAAAAACGUAGUCCCUCUGACUUUGGCUCCAAUGGAGAGGUGUUUGCGAGAUGUGUAGGCAAUUGAUAUUUUUUUAUAUUAGAAAUUUACUUCAUAUGAAUUCUUCACUGUGUAUCUCAGCUACAGUUCCCAACUUUACCACUCCAGGGUCAUAUUUCCAGUACCCAAUGUUGGUCUACCAUUCAGAAUUCUCUGUCUAUUGAAUGCAAUUUGACAAAUGGGUGUUUUGAAAUGGUUAUGUCCCGAUAUUGUUAACACAUUUUCAUUAGAAACAGAGAAGCAUGUAAGCAACUGCUUGGGUUUUAUUUUUUUCAGCUGAAACUUUGAAAAGCUCACUCCCAACAAAAAAGCUGUAAUAUUAUAAAUGAACCUUUAUUAAAGACACUUCAAAUGCCAUUUGUUAGACACUUCAAUAUUUAACAGUUUUUUCAACAUAUAAUAUUGUACCAAAUUUUCUAAUAAAUAACUUUGUACACAAAAGUAAUACUUCCUCUUUCACAUUGCCUCUCAGAAGCAGCAGAUUCACAUAUUUAGUGGAAGUAACAUGAAACAGUUAACGUUAUUAAAAAUACAUUAUUUUCAAAUGUUAAUGUGGCAAAUGUGCUUAAUAUUUGCAACGGUGAUGACAUUUCUGCCAGCAAAAUUGGUCAAUUAAGUCAUUCGCAUCUUCCUUGUGUAUGUCCCACUCACAUCCCAAUGUUUUCACUUUCAGAGUUAGUUCUAAAGCAUAUUUUUCUCAGUUCAUGGGACAAAUACGUGUUGGUUUAUUUAUUUACCAUCAUCCAUCUCUUUCAGUUUUGAUUUGCUGAAGAGUUAAAAGUUGGCACUCAACAUAAUUAGUCACCUGCCACAAAGUGCAAAUGUGUCUACAGUUAGAAACUGGUCUAGACAGGUAGCUGGCUAAAUUAUGCCUUGCUUCAUAAAAGCCAGGGUCAGUGAUAAUUUACAGUGAAAUGUGUUUUAGGCUACCACUCAAAGGACUGAGAAAUCAGACUAUUAAGGGUGGCAGUCUUUUAAUGAAGGUGGAGCUUGGGAUAAUAUGGGUGGGUUUCUUGGGCCCUCAUUUAGAAAAGUAAUAGAUCUUUAGUAUUGUUCUGAAUGCAGUUGCUUUUCUGAAUCAAGGCCUUGAUAAGGUCUCACUGCCCUGACUUCUGACACCUGCUGUGAGCUACCAUAGUGAUGUGAGCAGGAUUUCCACCAGACCCUGCUCUGAUGAAACUGGCCUUUAGUUGCUUCUAAGAAAAAGAAAAAAACAAACAGAAAACAACCAACCUUUCCCCAGAGUAGUCAUCACCAAAGUCUAGUAAACUUGUAUUAGCAGAACUGAAAACAAACCAACCCAUCCAUCCACAGGUACCAACAGAAGCAGCCGUUCUAAAAAUAAUAAGCUUCAGACUGAAGUUAUAAAUGACAGAGCCAUUUGACCAGUUUGUUUGUUUUUUUUUAAAUUCAUGGAUGAACUUAAAGACCCUGUACUAAAGUAGAACUCGUCCCUUUAAACCAGUAAGACCACCUACCAACAUAUACUCUUGCUUCUAAAUCAGUAUAUUUCCGAUUAGCUUGGAACUGAAGCACAAGGGGGUAAUCAUGGACCUGAAGUCAACGUUCACAGACAAGGCGAUAGCAAUUACUGUCUGUGUGUACACCGAUGUGGCGUGCUGCAGAUCAGGGGAUCUAUGUGCAGCAAAGAGACAACUUAAUACAGUGCCAUAGGGAAAAUGGGUCAUGUAUCUCGGGCGUAGUCUGCACACAGCCAGUAUAAUGGAAAAUUAUAAAAUUGUGAUUUUUAUUACUGGGACAAUAAUACAGCUACAAGUCCACUAUGGAUGCAGUUAUACUUCUAUAAAGUUGUCUGAUACUCGUGUGACUUAUUCCCCUUUCCAUACAGGAAUAAGCUGUGUUCACAUAAUUACCUUUAGAGCAGUAUUACCGCAUUCACACUGGGAAGGGUAGUACCGCUUUAACUAUACUGCUAUAGUUACAAUGGUACAACUUGUGGUACGAGGUCAUUAAGUUUGUGACAGGUGCAAAAAGGAAAAAACAAACCCAUCCCCUACUGCAUGUAUUUUUGUUGUUAGCAAUGAUUUUAGCUUUCCUUUUUGCAAGUGUGCACAAUAGUUUAAUUCAACUUUAUACCUCUGUGCUGUUCUGAAUUUACAGACUGACUAUCACAGCUAAUAUUUAACCUUUAGCUCUUCAGUGCAAUUCUGAAGGGUAAUGAAUUUAAGUUCUUCCAUAAAG